AUGAGGACCGAGGAUUUGGAGUCUGCCACGAAUCCUGAGAAGGAUCCUGAGGUCCAAACUAACGAUGACAUUCCAGAUGAUAGCAGUACUGGAAGGUCGGUACCCGCGACCUCACUGAAGUUGAAAGUGAAAAUGCCCAGAGGGCAUUAUCGAAUCUCUUUCAAGGAUAUGAAUUCUAUACCCGGCCUCAGAAACCGCUUUCGUCAGCAGAACAUGACCGCUGCCCAGAUAACUCUUCAUGAGGGGCACAGUGUCACUGUUGACGGCUACGGCAACCCCUUUUCUAAUCCUGGACAUCCGUGCGACGGAUGGCUUAACCGAGAUUUGCCUAUCGAACAAGGAAUAUCCCUCUCCGAGCUUUUUAAGUUGCGCCAGUUUCACGUUGUCGUUCUCUCCGAUCGCGUUGACGCAAAGAAGUGUUUCGGUGGGCAACUCCCCAUGGCAUUUUCGUAUCCAUACGGCAACAACCAUUCAUGGCAACCAAACACAUACAAGCACGCCUCAUAUGGCAUCAAAAGAAGUCUCCCAUUCGCAAGAGCACUUAGCUUUGAAGACGAUAACAGCCGCCUUGCUGUUCUCACCCAGUCUGUUGUCCAGGACACCUUAUGGCUGGCCCUUGCCGCAGCCAAAAUCUUCGCAACCAAAUUAUCGGCCUAUUUCGUGCCAGUGAAGAAGCGAAGUGAGACCGACACCACUUAUGACACUUAUUAUGCUGUGAUACAGCUUGAAAGAGAAUUCCGUUACCAAUACAAGAAAGAAUGGGAUCAACUGACAGAUUGUGAGUCUUUCAAAUUGGCUUUCCUGAAGCCAAGCGACACAUUUGGGGCCCCACGGCUUUCAAGAGAAGGGUCGUGGUAUAAACUGGCCUUGGAAUGCUGGGAUACCAGACUUGUGCAGAAUACCAAAGGCCGGCCAGCCUUGCUCCCACAUCAUCAGCAGGAGCCCGUCUUAAUGUUGGAGAUACGCCGAGGCAAGUCAGUUAUGCAGCUACCUACUUUCCCCGAUUGGAAUACGGCCAUCGACUUCAAGGGCAAGGAUCCCCGGAGCUGGUCUACAGUCUCACUGUUGUUUGAUACACAGUUGAAAGAGUGUGAGCGAAAGGUCAAUGCUGUUUGCCAAUUUACUCAGGGUGCCAAACCAAGCCAUGACCUCGCUGCUAUUGACACAUCGGCUAUCAGCCUGGAAAGACGGAUGGAGCUCCACAGGGCUCUUCAGCGAGGGAGGGGAUUUCAUCCCUCCUCAGGAAGCCACCAAAGUAUAAGCGCUGGUGAUGUGAUUGCGUCCAUGGAUAACCUUCACAUCGAUGAGAAUCAAGCUACAGGGCCACUCAUUCCCGUGGUGAAUCUUCUGAAUGGAGUUAAACCGAAGUAUUUGGAAGCUCUGUUGCAGAAGUUCCUCGAAAAAGAUCGAGGACGCAUCAGGGAGUAUUUAAGAAACCGUCCAUUGGGGCUUGGAGUAAUCACUGCGGGCCCUGGGUUUGGGAAAACAACCGCGCUGGCAGUUAUCACGCUUGUGAUGAGAGCAUCGCAGGGUAAAAUAUAUGGAAGCGCACCAUCCAACGUUGCCGUAGACAACUUCGCCGAGCGCCUUUCAAGGAUCGAAGAUGAGGCUAUCAAGCAGGCCAAUAAAGGCGGAGCUUUGAAUGCCACACAAAGAAUACGCCGCAUCCUUAUUAUACGAGGCUAUGCCAUUCCUGACGAGAUCGCUGCAUUCCGAAAGCUGCUGGAGAGUCCAAAGGAGGGUGAUGACGCCGCGCCAAAGAGAGAGUGGAAGCCCAAGUCAAAAUGGAAACUUGAUCUAUCUGCAGCGUAUUGGCUGUUGAUGGUUUUAAGAUCUCCUGCCGUCCGCCAACUUGACAGUAACGACAGCUUAGUCUUGGACGAUAUGCAGAAAUUCUACGAUGGCCAAACGAGUCUUGAUCCGCUCCGGGAUAUCAUGGAAGGCAAGAAACGCUGGGAGGAUCUUGAUACCGGUGAAUUUGAGACUGGGUUGAUUGGGGAGAUGCUACAGCUCCUCAUCGACAAGGCAGAUAUUCUCCUGACCACUCCAGCCAAAUCCCAACACUCGAGCUACCUGGCGUGGAAAAAGACAGCUAGUGGCGUAGCGAUCGACGAGGCCGCAAACAUGACGAGGCCUGAUCUCGAUUGUAUAUGGGGGAACGUCUUGCUUCCGUGCUUUCUAGCUGGUGACGAGCAUCAGCUCCGACCUACGGUUAAGACGGAGCAGGAAAGGGACAGAAGUGGAAAAUACAUUAAUCGACACCAUGCCGAUGGAAUCGUUUCGCCUCUUGAAUUUUCCAAGAUGAAUGGAUGGCCUGUCCUCCGUCUACGCGUACAGUUCCGGAUGGCCAGAGGCCAAUUUGAUAUCUGCCACCGCGAGCUAUAUUCGGAUCUUCCUUUUGAAUAUGCCCUGUGCUGUCGCAUAAGUACGCCUGCCCAUCGAGUCGGGAACCAGAUGGAGGACUACACUACUCGUAGGUUCCCGGAGCUGAGGCUACCUCCUCAAGGAACGCUAUCGCCUAUUUUCAUUCACUGUCGCGGUUCAAAGCGCGAGAGACCCAAGGGGCGAUACUCCAUGUCGAGUCAGAAUACCGAUCAGAAUACAGCCGCCCUUCAAUUCCUGGCUGGGUUCGUGAAAGCGAGCCAGACAGACCCAGCGCGCAUCUGCAUUAUAACUCCCUACAAAGCGAACGUCCAUGCGAUUGAAAAGAUGCGAAAGAGCAGCGACUAUGACCUCCUUGCCGGUAUGCCACCUGCUGCUACCGUAGACUCGUUCCAAGGCCGGGAAGGCGAUGUCGUCGUGGCUAUCAUGGUCUCUACCGAGAAGUCUGGGCCAGGGUUUAUGAGAUGUGAGAACCGGUUGAAUGUUCUACUGUCUCGUCACCGAAGUGCGCUCGUGAUUGUCGGCGAUAUCAAUGUUACCGGAGCUCUCGUUGAUGACAGUAAUGGAAAAUUUGAGGUAAAUGGGCAAAACUCACCAAGCAAAAAUGGAAUGUUGAGCAAUGUGUGUUCAGGACUGGUAAAGGAUGGUCGAGUUGUUGUUGUUGAAUGUAGCAAGUAG